GGAUCUGGGCACGAUAUCUGUGCAUUAUUGCUUUAUGUGUAGCACUGCUGCAAAACAAAAACAAAUACCAUAGGGAGGCGAAGUCAGUCGGCAGGCAAAGAAAUGAAAGAAAACUCUCCCUCACUUCUUCCUUCUUCCUCCUGAUCUCUCUCGCUCUCUCGCUCUCUCUCUCUCUCUCACCAACAGCUUAACACUCACACCUUUCCUCACACCCGUUGACCUGAAUUCCUCCGCCCAAAAUCGUCACCAUGAUUCAGCUCCUGUUCGCUCUAAUAUUCGCCGAGAUGGCCCUGAUUGUGAUCUUCGUGUUCAAGACCCCACUGAGGAAGCUUGUCAUCAUGGGCUUGGACCGGCUGAAACGCGGCCGCGGCCCCAUCGUCGUCAAGACCGUCGCGGGCACCCUUUUUGUGGUGAUGAUGUCGAGCGUGUACAAUCUCAUGUCGAUCCACAGGCGUUGGAUCGAGGAUGGGGAUCUUAAUCCCACGGAUCAGGUUCUCGCUUCCCAGCACAUGCUCGAAGCUUCUCUUAUGGGAUUUUCACUAUUCCUUGCACUGAUGAUAGACAGACUACACCACUAUAUCAGAGAACUCCGCAUACGAAGGAAGACCAUGGAGGCUGUAAAGAAACAAAACCAGAUUUUCGAGGAUGGGAAAAGUGGAGGGGCAAAGGAAGUCAAAAUCUUGGAAGAAGAAAUGACCAGAUUAAGGGCAAAGGUUACGCAGCUGGAAUCAGAACUUGAGGCAAAGACAAAAGAGGCUCGCAAUGCAGAAGCCAAUGCGGUUGCCCUGAAAAAGCAAUCGGAAGGAUUUCUACUUGAAUAUGACCGUUUGCUUGAGGAUAACCAAAACCUUCGGAACCAGUUGCAAUCAGUAGACAGGAGAGUAUCUCGUUCAGAUAGCAAGAAGUUCAUGUGAGGAAUCAUACCCUGUGGAAACCCAUAUUUUCUACGACUUCAUUUUCCUCAGUACAUUUGGUUUAGUUCCUUGAUGGUUUUGUCCAUCAUAGUUCAGAAUUUUGAGGUUUGAGAAAAAUUACGAGGAAGAAUCUAAGAGAAAAGGGAAAAAUGGAAGCGAAAAUGGGUUAUCACUUUAUGUAAUUGGUCCAGAACCCAUUGACGAGGUAUAAUUGAUCUGAAUAGGAUAUAACCCAUCAGUUAUAAAGUUAGAUUUUUGAAGUCCUGAAUUGUGUUUGGUCACAGUCAAAAUGUGCUGCCUGUUGAACAUUUCUCAUUGUCAUGUUUCUUAUUGUGUUCAUUCGAGCUCUUUGUAUCACAGUUGCCAUUAAUGACCUGCUGUCAUUUGCUCUGGAUUCGUUAUAGUGAGUUUAGCUCUGUUAUUGUGUUUUGCUUCCAGAAA